GUUUAGCAAGCAGGAGCAGGUAUGAGCAAUUAGUUCAGUAUUUGGACAUGUCUUUCCUUGCAAGCUGUCCUACAGUUUCAUCACAGUAUGACACCAGAUAAAGGGGCGUGACUACUUUAGGGGUGGGGUAGAGGAGAGGUAAAAACACAGACGACUGUGUCCUCUCAUGUUUAAACCUGACACAGCAAGACAGCAGCCAUUCCUGAGCUAAACUGGCGGAGUUAUAGAUGGCGUAUUCCACCAAAACUCUUGCUGCUGGCUCAUUCGGGAAGAUAUACAGGGAGAAGUACAAUGACACCUGGGCUGCAAUCAAGAAGGUGCCACAACACUUAAUCAAUAGGAGAGACCUGGAGAGAGAGUGUCAAGUAUACAAUAAAGCGAUUCAUCCUAACAUAGUGAAGCUUCUGGGUAAUCCAACACUCAAGGACUCUAAGUGGAUCAUCCCCAUGGAGUUCAUCUUUGGAGAGGAACUGGAGACAACCAUCUUCAAAUCACAAAAAUCUAAAAUACAGUUGACUCCAUCUAUAAAGGCCAACAUCAUCACAGGCAUGUGUGAAGGACUGCUUCACCUACACAGCAAAGAUAUCGUCCAUCAGGACCUCAAGCCUGAGAACAUCAUGGUAGAGCAUGACACUCACCGAGCUGUGAUCAUUGAUAUGGGACUGGCCAAAUUCUUCCGCAAUGGCCUAAAUUCUGCCAUGGAUAUGGGCAAUGAGGCCUACUCUCCACCUGAGGUCCUGCAGAGGAGGGGCCACCGAGACCAGCGUUCGGACGUGUGGGCUAUGGGUAAAAUCAUUGCUGAACUCUGUGCCAGAGUCAGGCUGCACACCCCCAGUGUCUGUCCGGCUAAGAUCCAUGAGAUCCUCAGUCUCCAAGGACAGCAGUACUGUAACGCUGUCUGUAGGAUGGUGCAGAGCGACCCCACAGUGCGAGCCACCAUGGCCGGGAUUAUGCCAGAGAUACGAAGGGCAGUGGGAGGUGGCAACACCGAGGAGCAACAAAGAGGACAUCUUCCAACACCCUUUCCUCACACUGAGAUAAAAGUAACAUCGCCAGGUCCUCAAGCUCCUGUACAGCAUUCACCCCCUCUAUCAAGAGCUGAGUGCACAGCCUCACCAAGGCCUGAGGUCAAGACGCUAGUGCGAGCUCCUGUGCGAGCGCUUUCUCCAUCGAGAUGGGAGCGUGCAGCCUUGCCAAAGACUGAGGUCAAGACUGAGGUCAAGACAACACUGCAACCACAACCCGUACAGCGUUCACCUUCCCCGUCAAGGUGGGAGCGUGCAGCCUUGCCAAAGACUGAGGUCAAGACUGAGGUCAAGGCGACACUGCAACCACAACCCGUACAGCGUUCACCUUCCCCGUCAAGGUGGGAGCGUGCAGCCUUGCCAAAGACUGAGGUCAAGACUGAGGUCAAGGCGACACUGCAACCACAACCCGUACAGCGUUCACCUUCCCCGUCAAGGUGGGAGCGUGCAGCCUUGCCAAAGACUGAGGUCAAGACUGAGGUCAAGGCGACACUGCAACCACAACCCGUACAGCGUUCACCUUCCCCGUCAAGAUGGGAGCGUGCAGCCUCUCCAAAUCCUGAAGUCAAGAACUCACCAUCUCCCCUUCCAAAGGUAGACCAGGGUAAUGCACUGGUUCCAUCAGGCAUGUUUCAGCCCAGUCAAGAUGUCAUGAAACAGCUUCUCUACGAAGAGGCCUUGAAGGGUCUCCCAUGCCCACUCCCAACAACGGGAAAGGUGCGAAUCCGACGUUAUGAGCAAAGGAAUGGGGAAGUGGAGACUUGGGAGCAAAAAGAGGUGGAGACUGAAGGAGGGAGGAUAGUCAAGUUUGAGGAUGUGAUGUUUAACAACAAGUCAUAAGUAGGGUAUUGAGAGGUUGAAAUAGUUGCGAGUUGAUUUGACUCUGCUUCUGAAAUAGUUGGGAGUUGAUUUGACUCUGGUCACUCCCCUUACAUCCUUCAUUGUAAAAGUCUGACAUUUUUAUGGAGAAGGGGAAGAGUAUAUUUGGGAGGUGGGACAAACUAAUGGAAGAAUUCUAACGUCCAGUGAAACUAUACCAGACGUACUGUGCCUAAAAACAAAGUGACACAAUAUCCCACUACGUGAGACCCCCCCAAAAAAGACUAUUAACAACAAAAGUUUUCUUGCACUUGUAAGAAGGAAACCUUUGAGUGAGUUAAGGUUGAGUAAGGAUUUAGGGAUGAUCUUGAAUGUACUAUCACUUCUUCUAAUGCUACAUGAUGUUACAGUAUGGCUACAAUGUUGCACAACUGGUUAGGUGACAGUGUACAGAGGCACCUGGUGUCAAAUAACUAUCUGUGAAUGUUUAUGAAAACUUUUUGUUUUGGGAAUCUCAUCCUUGUUGCAAAUCAGUUGACUCUUUAGCUCUAUAUCAUACAUUUGACUGUGUAGAUAUAGUACCAGUCAAAAGUUUGGGCACUCCAACUCAUUCAAGGGUUUAUCUUUUCUUUUUACUAUUUUCUACAUUGUAGAAUAAUAGUGAAGACAUCAAAACUUUGAAAUAACACAAAUAAGUAUCAUGUAAUAACCAAAAAAGUGUUAAACAAAUCAAAAUCUAUUUUAUAUUUGAGAUUCUUCAAAGUAGCCACCCUUU